AUGUAUGGAAAACUUGGAGAAGGUCAGUUUGGUGCUGUGUACGAGUUGGCGAUCGGUGGUCAUGUAUAUGCUCUGAAGAAACUGAAGGAGGUGUCCCACCUGGAUGGUAAACGUCUCGAGGGAGAAUUACGGACACUGACGAUGUGCGCUGAUCACCCUAAUAUCGUAAAAGUGAUUACAGCGCGGAUUGAUGUUGAGAUUAAUAUUCAAAUGGAGUACUGUAACCUUGGGACACUGAAUGACUAUGUCAUCAAAAACAGGCCAGGAGAGGGAACGUUAAAUUAUUUCAUGCUGGACAUGGCACGGGGUAUUCACCAUCUCCACAGACAAAGGAUCAUCCACAGAGACAUCAAACCCAGCAACGUCCUGCUGGUGGCCCGAGCUCAUCAUAUACCCACCUGCAAGAUUGCUGAUGCGGGACUUGCUCGUUUGACCUUUCCAUUUAGUAACCUGGCAACCAUCUCCUACACCUACUACAUGACUACCGGCUUGUGUACCCCUCUGUAUGUCGCCCCUGACGUAUUCACAGGUCAUUAUUCCACAGCCAGUGAUGUUUUCUCUCUUGGAGUACUCUUCUACGCCAUGCAUUCUUUGCAGACCUUCCAUGUAAAGAAUAAAACGUUACUGUACCCAGUCCUCCCACAAUCAAAUGGGAUGUUUCAUUGUGCAAGCCAAGAGGAGAUCAAGAGGGCAGUCAUGAUGCAUGUGUUCAACGCACAAAAAGCCGACAUGGUGAGCUCGAUGCUGGAGUUGCAGCUAUGGUCUCGACCUGGAGCCGACUCAGUGGAGUCUACUAUCAAUUCAUUACUCAGGUUCACUAGGAAACAUGACUCAUGUAACUUGGUUUAA